CUUUGACUUCCGAACAAUAGACUCAACGUGAUCGUACCACUAGUUCACUACCAUGGCUGUAGAGCGAUCUUUACCUCAUGUUGACUUGUCUGAAGAAUCACAAUCUGAAAGGUUUGCAAGAAAAGCUAAAGAGGCACCUUACGUUCCCAUAGGUUUGGCAGGUUGUAUUGGAGCAGUUCUUUAUGGAGCAUACCAAUUCAGAAACAAGGGUGAGAUGUCUACAUCGGUUUACUUGAUGAAGUUCCGUGUUGUGGCCCAGUCAAUGGUAGUUGUAACCCUUGGACUUGGAGUUGGCUAUUCCAUGAUUGACAAGUAUCUGCUACCAAAAUUUCAUUCUGCAGAAAGCAAAAAGGAAUGAUAUUGAAGAAUAGCUAGAAGAACUUUGAAAAUGCAAAUGAACUCAAAUUAACUUUUCUCACAUACCAUUACUGUAUACAUUUGAAUUUAUUUGAGUAAUGUUCUGUUCAAAGUGGAAUGUUUCGAUCGAUUAAUGGAAAACCGUGUGACGACACCAUCUCCUAGUAGUCUUAAACGAUUUUUACAUAUAAAGUUCAAAGUUGUAUAAAAAUAUUAGCUAAUUGUCAUUAAACGGCUUUCAAUGGCGUA